UCGUCGGAGCAUCGUUCAUCCGGUUCAUAUGAUUUGAAAGCACGUUGCUUUCGAAGCGUACGAGUAUUUCGAGGGAGAGCACUUAAAGUGGUGUAUAAAAGCGUAGAUCUGUUAUCUCGAAUUAUUGAGAAAGAAAAAGAGGAAGAAAAAAAAGGAAAAAGAGAAAGAGAUUAUGACAACUACGAGCGCAGAUUCCGCCAACUCGGUGCAUCGACUUUCGUCGAAUGAUUCUCAGAAAGCUGAGUUACUCUCGGAUCAGGAUGUAAGAUACAUAGUGGAACGUAAGCUACGUGGAAAUAAUUUCAACAUAGUGAAUUCUAGCAUGGUAUCCGUCGACAAUACAAACGGUUAUCUUGGCCAAUACUAUAACAUUCGCGUAACCGUAAAGCUCGACGAUUCGAGUACGAAGAUGUUGAAUUUCUUCGCUAAAACUCUACCACCGACCGAGAGUCCACAGUAUGCUUUUAUCCUACGAUACGACACAUUCAACAAAGAGAUAUUCAUUUACACCGAUGUGAUACGUCGAAUGGGUGUUGGAAAAGGUUUCAAGUGGUUGGCCGAGUGUUAUUUGUGCAAGAGGGACUCGGUCAUAGUACUCGAAAAUGCGAAGCUCGAGGGAUACGUCAUACACGACAAACUCGUACCGUUCGACGAGUCACACUGCCUCUGGACAAUAAAAGCUCUCUCGAACUUUCACUCGAGAUCGUUGAUCCUUGAGGAGAAGCUACGCCGUACUGGCCGAACGAUACUCGAUCUUUACGGACACCUAAUGGAAGAGGUACUUUUUACCAAAGACGAAUUGUCAAGAAAAAUAGCGUCGGCGUCGGUCGAUGCUAUAUUUGUUCUGAUUGAUCUGGUAGACGAAUUGAACGAUCGAGAGAAGGAAACGUUGAAGAAACGCGUUAAUUCUUGGGCCUCGGUUUUUCCAAAUUUAUUAAAGCCUUCGAGCAAGUAUCGUAACGUGAUAUGCCAUCGUGAUCUUUGGGCAAACAAUAUCAUGUUCAAACACGAUUCUAAUGGUUCUCCUCUUGGUUGCUAUUUGAUAGAUUUUCAGAUGGUACGAUAUUGUCCGCCAGCCAUGGACGUCGUUUUUUCUUUAUAUUUGAUCACCGAUCGUGCCACCAGAAAUCGCCUUUUCGAUUCCCUUUUGAAGGUCUAUCAUGAAACCUUGAAGCAAGCACUAGUCGAGGAAGGACUCGACGUCGAGGAGUGUUUAUCUUGGUUAUCAUUCCGCGAUAGCUGUUACGAGGCCAGAAACAUUGCAAUGUUUUUCACACUGAUGAAUCUUCAAUUAAUGUUAAUGCCCACCGAAGCGGCCGAAGAUUUUAUGGGAUCGCCCGACGAUUUUGAACGAGUUCUUUAUGGUGACAAACGAUCCGAUCUCAUACGAAGCCAAUACGAAAAAGUAGAACCAUAUAGAAAUCGGAUCAAAGAGAACAUCAUCGAAGUGUUCGAGAUAUUGUCCGAUCGACCAUCGAGCAUUUAAACGAACGAUCUUGUUAAUAUUCUAAUCGUGUAAAUAUUGAAAUUUUAUCGGAGUAUGCGUUUAACCGUUGAUUAGAUUUUCUUAUCAGGACUAGGUAUAAUAAAUCUUACCUAAGAUAUUU